ACAUUUCGUUAAACUGGCCGAAAAACCCCCCGGAAAGUCGCGAUAUUUUUGAAAUCUAUUGUCAUAGUGAAACAGUGACCUUGGCCAACGUCAAUUCGGUUGCCUUUCUACUUCAAAGUGAAUGUCAAAACAAGCGAUUCUCGACCUUAUCAUCCGUUUCGAUGUUUUUGAUCAAUUUUAAACAAAAAAAAAAAUACACAAAUUACUAAUUAUCAACGGGCAUUUAAUACGAUAAUACCAGGGCAUGGAGCAGGGAAGCGAAUAUGAUUCAGGCCAACAGGUCCAAAUGGAGCAAGAGUUGGCAACAAAGAUGCUCCAGAUCCAGAGCAAGAGGUUUUACUUAGACGUAAAGCAAAACCGGAGAGGCAGAUUUAUUAAAGUUGCCGAAAUCGGAGCAGAUGGCAGACGUUCCCAGAUAUUCUUGGCUCUGUCCACUGCUGCUGAAUUCCGAAACCACUUGUCUGCAUUUAGUGACUACUACUCUUCUCUCGGUCCGCCUAAUCCCGACAACGUCCCCGAAGACGGCAAGCUAAAGUCCGAAAUGAUGAUCAAAGAUAACCGUCGCUACUACUUGGAUCUGAAAGAGAAUUCGAGAGGUCGAUUUUUAAGGGUGUCGCAGACUAUUACGCGGGGCGGGCCCCGUUCACAGGUCGCGAUUCCGGCACAGGGGAUGAUCGAGUUUCGCGACGCCCUCACCGAUCUACUGGACGAGUACAGCACCGACGAGCACGCGUACAAACAGGACUUACCCGAAGGCAGGCACAUGCACGUCGAUAAUAAAAAUUUCUAUUUCGAUAUCGGUCAAAAUAACCGCGGCGUGUACAUGCGAAUCUCCGAGGUGAAGACGAAUUUCCGCACGGCGAUCACGUUGCCGGAGAAAAGUUGGUCCCGGUUCCGCGACAUCCUGACCGACUACUGCGAGAAAAUCAAGCAGCCGCAGCAGGCGGGGGGCGGCAUCGGUGGCGGCGGCGGCGGCACUACCGGAGGCGGCUCCAUCGCCUCCCAAUCCGGGGUCGCCCUCGGCGGCCAGGACCAACCGCAUCCAUUGGUUGGCAAUAACACCCAACAAGAUGGAGGAACGAGUUUAAAUUAGGCUAGCGCGCCCAUUUUAGACUAAACAAAAAAAAAUAUUAGAUUUAUUAAAAAUAACAAAUUAAAAAAAUUGGAUAGUCACUGUCGUCAUUUUAUCGCCCCGCUGACUGUUGUUUUAUAUACACACACAUACACACGCGAAACGAUUAAAUUUAAAAAAAAAAGUCCAGGAUCAACGGAGCUAGUGACUUUUUUUUCGCUCGUAAGGUUCACAUUGCAUGCGUAUUGUAGGUUUAAGAUAAUUAAAAGGUCACUAGGUCGUGUGAUACAUCGUGUGGGAACGAAAGUUGUGAUAAAAAAAAAAAACUGGAAAUGUGAUAGAUAUUACAGAGAGAUUUAUAUUAUUUGAAGUUUGGCAAUGAUGGUAAUGUUUAGGGUACAUAAAUAUAGGGUUUUGUAGCUAUAUCUGGUCCUGGGCUUGUAAUAAAUGAAAUUGUUACAUUGUAAAGGAAACAGCUAGGGGGCAGUAGAUAGGCGAUAGCUCAAGAUUUCGAGAACAGUAACCAAAAUUGACGGUUUUUUUGUGCAGUGUUAAAAAAUUAAAACAUAAAAAAAAAAACAAAACACUAUAAUAUAUGUUAGAUUCUCUAUUAUAUGUUAUCGAAGAAAUACUUUUACGAAAGAAGUUUAUUUAUUUUUUUUUUGUCGUUUUUAAGUUUGUUACAUUUCAUGUUUGUUUAAUUUGACUUUUGACGGUUAUGUAAAGCGUUUCGGGUCAUAUAUACGGGAAGAAGCACCUCCACUAGACCCAAAUGACGAGGUGUUAAUUUCAAUUCGGUUAAAGUAGGAACCAGUGCCAAAAUGUUGGUAAUGAAACGGAUUUAUUUGGACUUUGUGGCAUUAAGCGGUAUAAGAUUUGUUGUUACAAAGCUUCUAAUGCACCUUUUUAUAAUUCACGUGUUUACUUAGGCGGUUUUUAAGAAAACUAGAAUGUUUAGGUAAACGGUAAAUUACUUACAGACACUCAAAAUCAUUGUUAAAUAAAUACAUUGAUAUAUGAUUAGUGUCAUGUUUACGAAUGUAAAUGAGGCGUCCGGUUUCAAAAGUCUCUAGAUCCAAGAUAAGCAGUUUUACAGAAAAUGUAAAAAACCGGUAGUAUCAAAACUAUUUAAAAUACAUUUAUAAAAUAUGUAAAAAUAGGAACCUUCUAAUAAGGUUUUUUUGACAAAAAACAUAUUUUUAGGUGUAACUAGAGAAACAAUUUGAUAAAAAAGUUUGGAUGUAACAGGUUUUGUUAACAAACAGUGGAUUUAAAGAGUUAUGAAAACCCGAAAGUGAUAAACUAUAACAAAGUUAUAUUUUCAUUAAUGUACAAAAUAAAAUUAAAUUCUAAGCCCAUCGUCUUUUUCAAUAUUAUAGAUGACAUCUUCAGUAUUCGCAUUGUGUCUUCCUGUUCUAUCGCACUAUUAUUGUCAAUAAUAUUCUUGUAGAAAGUUAAAUCUUCGUUUGGUGUAUAUCUCCAGUCCAAUCCAAAAUGUUUUUUCAAAAGAGCAUCAACAUCUUUAAUUUUAGCUUCUUUAAGAGAAUGAACUUUUGGCAACGGCUCAGGCUUUAUUAAAGCAAGGCUUUUCCCUUUUUUUAGCACUGAUUUAUAGGUACCAAGAUCCGAUCUAAAAUUUACUUCUUCUUUAAUAACAAUCCUUUUACCUGUUUGUUGGUUUUGUUUCUUUAUAGAUAUUCUCUUUGCAGUUGAAAAUUGGAAAUGCCAUUGAUUAAUACCUCAAUUGCUCUUUUCCAGUCAAAGAUAUCAAAAUCUUUUUCAAGAUCAAGUACGGUCGCACCAUCAGAUAAUAUUUCUCGUGGAUGAAGGAUAACUUCCUUCUUUUUAAGAAAGUCUAAGAAUUGAAAGAACUCGUCCAUUAUCUCAAAGAGACCUACGUAACUAGAGAAAAAAUGAAAACUCCAAGUCUCAGUCUCAAAAUGUCUUUUUAAUUAAUCAGGUGGUGACAUGUUUCGCUAAUAAAGCAUCAUCAGACCUUAUAGCUAGAUGACCUGCUAAGUACUAAGGAGACUUUUCGUCUUCCAAAGACUCUAUCAGGUGGCAAAAACGAAUGUCCUACAAUGGGAAAUAUUACGUGAAUCUCUUGAACUGAAGUUUCUAAAGUAAAGUAAAGCCAAUGCAUAAGCAUGCCAAUCAUGAUGGAGUUUUUAUUUUGCCCAGGACAACCAUCGCAAAAUAGCUUAAUCCACUUAGUUUCUGCCAGAUUAAGUGUGGACAAUUUGUGAUUAACCAUUGAAACUAUUUCAUUAGAUCCCUUUCCUCCUAUGUUCUCGGUCCAAGUGUAAGAAGUUACAGUAUCUUUUGUUUGUGUUGCCUUAGAAUGACCUUCACAUAUGGUAAAAUUAUACCAGUAAAAUUGUCUUGAAUAAUAGGCUGACUGGUCUGGAAUGCGCGGCAGCACCAAGUUUUUUUGACAGUUUAAUGGUUUUUAUCUUCUGGCUGUUUAAGAAUCUCAUAAAACGCUUUGGCCUUAAGUUUGUGAACUCGUGAUUUGCACAUUAAUUCUGCCUUGGUUUCAGGAUUCGAAGCAGCUGUAAUUUGACAUUUUAAGCUAAUGCAUUCAGAACAUGCAUCUGUAGCUGGGCUUUGAAAGCUUAUAUUAAAAUCUUUUUCAAAAAUGUCCCUGAAGUAAUCAUAUUUCACUAUUAGAUCUUUAUUUUCGCUACAGUAUAUUUUCCAAAGUUUCCUAAUACUCAGAUCACUUGCCAUAUAUUGACGUUCGGGCUUAUUUCUCGUGUAAUGAGACUCUACACAGUUUAAUCUUUUAAUAAAAUUUGUGACCCAUUGCUUUUUUUGAACAUAAUGCCUGCUUUUUCGGUCACCACCCCGAUUUCCUUUGGGAGGACAACCAUCUGAUAAGAAUUUUUGGCUCAAAUUCUGAACUCUAAAUCUUGAGAUUCCAAGAAUUGAUAAAAAUGUUCCUUUUUUUGUUUUAAUAAAAUAAGAUAAAGAAAUUGAAUUGCUGCGUGUACCUAUCUCUUCGGAACAUUUUGGGAAGUAUGCUUCAAAAUAAAAUUGUCCUGUUCAAUCUUUGUUUUAUUUUGAUAAAAGCAUGCAUGAAAUUUCCUAAUUUCCUGCAUAGUCAGAUCAGCACAAGCAAAGGUCUUCUUAUGGCUGCAUUUUGGUUGACUUGAAAGCGAUUUGGGUCUGUAUCUACAAAAAAACGUACUUUUAUGUACCUAACUAAUUACAUAAAUACAUGAGUACUGACCUUGCACUUUUUACUUGUGUAGAUUUCCAUUUCGAGGGAUCUGCUAUUUUUUUUCUACCUUUACCAGGUGUUAUAACCAUAAUAGAACAAUUCUCCAUAACGCUUUACUCACAGUAAAUUAAUAAUUGUUAUAAGUUGUGUUAUUAAAAAAAACGUGGAAAAUAACAAAACGAAAUCGUUAUUGUAUUGCAGUCGGAUGUUUACUAAACGCGGGCAAACAAAAUCAAAACAACUUGCAGAAUUAAGACAGUUUUGAAUCCUAUAAUAUUUUAUUAUGGGAUGUAAGCAGUUUUGAUAACGGAAUAAAUGAAAGGACCUAAAGAGUUUUGAAAUAGUAUCUACGAAGUAGUGAGAUGGUUCUGCUACCGUGGCCGGAAUAUUACAUAUAAUUUUUAUUGGAUUAAAGAACUUUUAGUGCAGAUAUUAUUUAGAGAAAGAUAAAAAAGCAAUUAUAGAUGGCGGCAGGGCCCUUAUCUCAUUUUUUGUAUAAAAUGGAUUUAGAGAGUUUAGAAGCCGGACGCCUCAAAUUGUCUUAUCGGUCCUGAUUUUCUGAGGAAUUUAUGUUUUGAUCCCAGUUUCUCCUUCCUAAUUUUUGAAAAAAGUUUACACUUUUUAUCCCAAUUCAUCAGGAUUUGAACAAAUCAGACUUAUCUAUCCAAAAAAAAAAACCAUAAAAAUAGUUUGUGAGGUCUUUUAUUACCCUCCAUUAAACUCUCUUAUAUGCACUUAAAUAAUUUAUUUCUUUGACGCAAACUAUUUCAUUCUUUGAAUUUUAUCAUUAUGAAUCCAGUGAUGGAUUGUCGCUUAAUGGACCAAAAAGACUCAUUGACUACAACAUUAUUAAACAUUUUGCAAACCAGAGAAUCUACAUUAACUAAUAAGUUGAUUGGAUUCUUUUGUAUCUGUAGAAUCUUGUGUUUCUUGUGUGUUACGUCCUUAAUCAAAUAGUUGCUAUUAUUUUUGGAAUAAAUUAUCUGAAAAUUCUUUUUUUUUUUAAUUGAAAUUUGAAUUUAUUGAAUAUAAUUUUGAAUUUUUGUUCUCAGAAGGUUAGUCCUGUACAAAGUCUUUUUUUGCUUUUGUUCAGUAAAUAAUAAAUUCCUAAUUUAUAAAAAAAACAGUAUAAGAAUAAAUACAGUACUUUUACAGUACUGCCUUGAAAAAAAAACAAUUAUGAUUCACUUCUAUAAUAACAAUUUAUGCAGUGCAUCAAUGCUGGUAUUGUGUGAUCUCCACUAUGAUAAGCAAUAAGUAUUUUAAAUCUCUAGAUUUUUUUAGCUGUCAUUGGUAAAGUCCAGUGCAACGAUAUAUUAGAAUGGUCACCCGUCAAAACACCAGCAUUUUACUUCUCAAACAAUGUAAAUAGAAGGUGGAUGACAAUGUUUGACAAGUGGAAUGCUAGUGUUUUGACGGGUGACCAUUCUAAUAUAUCGUUGCACUGGACUUUAACCUAAUAUUCUAAAUAUUCUAGUUUCAAAUAGUACCUUCACCAUUAGUCUUUUUGUUCAGUAAAUAAUAAAUUCUAAAACUGCUUUUUAUUUACGAUUUAUAAUUAUUUAUAUAAACAAAUACAAUUCAUUAGUUCAUCUAACGUUUCUAGCAGGUAUUUCGUUUGAAACAAUUGUAAAAUGUAAAGGUUUUUAAAUGGGGUAAAUGUUUGCAUUGAAUUUCAUUAUGUUACAUUAUUAUACUAGUAAUUGAUAUGUCAAAGGUGUAUCUAAAUAAUAACAAAGUAUUGGCGUUUUUACUAUAUGAUGUAAUAUGUAUAAAGACACUUAAAACAGAAAAUACUAACCAACAUUUUCCACUUAUAUGUUUGUUGGAAUGAUUCACUACUAUUCAUAUAUAUUAAUGGCACACAUUCUGUCACUUUUGACAUUACUGGAAUCAGUGAUAAUUCAUUUCUCGUUCAAUUUCAAGGGAAAUAUGUAAGUAAAUUGUAAUCAGUGGUAAAAACUUGGAAAAAAUCAAGCAACAACAUUUAUUCGUAAAAUAUAAUUUUCAUGGCCAAUUAUUCAGCUAUUUCUUUCUAUAAUGGACAACACUUCUUGUAUUUGAGUUACUGAGUUGGUACCAUUGAAUUCUUCUAUAACUAAUUUAUUCAUUGCAUGAUGACAGAGUAUAGUGUCCCUUAAUUAUAUGGUUAAAAUAUAAAUAGCGGGAUUGAGGACCACACACACAUCAAACCUCUAGUUUUUAAUUGGCCCUUGUCUUUUAAAUUAGAGGUUUUCGUAAAACUUAUCAAUACCAGACUCCAUUAUAGAUAUUAAAGACCAGGAACAUUAUGAACACAAGACAAAUUGCAUUAAUAAAACUGUUUUUUCCAAGAGUCGUCACCGUAAAAAAAAAAUUGCAUAUUGCCCUAUACUUACAGUUUUAUUGAUGCAUUUUGUCUUGUGUUAAAAAUGUUCCUGGUCUACAUUAUCUGUAUAUGUGUAAUGGAGUCUGGUAUUGAUAAGUUUUACGAAAACCUCUAAUUUUAUUACAUCAGACUUGAUAAAGACAACGGCCAAUUAAAAACUGGUGAUCUUUAAUUGGUAAUCAUAAUUUGUUUAUUAUUAUACUAUACUUUUACAGUACUGCCUUAAAAGAAAAACAAUGAUAAAUAGUUUAUAUAAUAACAAUUUGUAUGGUACUGUGUCAUCCCAACUAAGUACUUUAAAUCUCUGAACUGUCUAGGUUGAUAACCUAAUGUUUUAAUAAACAUUCUGGUUUCAAAUAGUACCUUCACACCAAUUUAAAAUGUAUGCCACCACGUGUCCGUUACGAACGAUUAUAAGCCGAUAUAUGACCCGAAACUAAAAAAUGAUACCUACGAUUAAUUUAAAUAACUACAAAGGUUUAGAGGGCACCACAAUAUCUGUUUUACUUUUGUGAUUUAUAAAUAUAUGAACAGGCGUCGAACGUUACUGCAUUUCCGAAAUCGGGUAACCUCCGGCGCCGCCCAGCUCUGUGAUUUUCUAUUAUCUUUGUAAAAAACAAGAAACAAAAAGUGAAAGCUGUAUUAAGCUUUAUAUUUUUAUUAUAUUUAUUAUUAUUAUUAUUAUUAUGAUUAUGUUAAUUAUUGUGACUUAUGUAAUAAUUUAAUUUUUAUCGUCGUCCGGUCGAUUUAUUAAUGUUGUUCUGUAAAAUAAAACGGGAUUCCGCUAAUGGUUUUAAUAAUGAUAACUAUUAUUGUACCAUUUUUAUUGUUUAUUGCUUUAACGUAAGUGUUUGAUAAUGGGGGGGGCCCCACUGACUAAUUAUACAAUAAUUAAAUUCAUCUCGGUUUUUGCUGUCUGUCGGAGGGGCCCUCAAAAAAAUUAAAAAACAAGAAAAAAAAAACAAAAAGAGUUUAUGUCAAAUAUUUAUGAAAUAUGAAAAAAUUAGGGGUGUGGGGAGGGUGUCAGGUCUUUCUCACUGCCAAAGUUUAAGUGCUUUUAGUGACAAUAUUUCGGUUGGUUUUUUUUUUGUAUAUUGGAUUCGUUUUAAAAUUCCUAACCUGUUAGCGUUGUUACUUUGUAAUUUUAUGCUUUCCGGGCGCCGUCUCGGAGUUUACGUUAGUUCUUUGUUUUUUUUUUCCUCUUUUCUUCCGUUUGUUAUAGGGCACCUUGUCGUUUUUUCCAUAGACAGUUAGUUGAGAAAGUUGAAAUUAAAGAACAAUUUUUAAAAAAAAAAGUA